AUGUUCAGGUCUUCGCUCCUUCGAGCUUCAGAAAGGGCGUUUGGCGCCAGACUCGCCGGCCUCAAGCCAUCAUCACCAAUUCGACAGCCAUUGUACCGAAUAGACGCAACGAGAAACGCCAUCCGCCUCUCCAGCUCUUCCAAUGGCCCUCCGAAACCUCCAACCGACAAAGACCAGAAAAAUCCAGCCGAGAGGAAGCUCGAGCCAAGACCAGAUGUUUCCGCCACUAGCAGCGUUCGAACCCUCCUGGAGCCCGACGAGGGCGGCUCGAAAGAUACACACAACAUGAACUCGAGUCUCCAGCAAGAUGUUCAUCUCGUCAAGGAUACUUUCCGACUGGACACCGUCCCGCGAGAAUCUCACAUCCUCGGUCUUACAGGGACGCUGCCUUAUCUCGCUACCUCUCUCUCGACAGUUUACCUGGCCGUCAACCUCAACACCGAAAUCCCCUCAAUCAACAAGUUCUACAACACCAUCUUCCUAGAACACGGCACGGCGCAGUAUCUCCUCGACCUCCUCGAGCCGCUACAGCUCGGCUAUGGCGCCGUCAUCAUCUCAUUCCUCGGAGCCAUCCACUGGGGCCUCGAGUACGCUGAAAAGAAGCCCCAGCACGACCGCACCCGCUUCCGCUACGGCAUCGGCCUCCUCGCCCCCAUCGCCGCCUGGCCCACGCUCCUCAUGCCCGUCGAAUACGCCCUGACGGCCCAGUUCGGCGCCUUUGUCGCCCUCUACUACGCCGACUCCAGGGCCACGCGCCUCGGCUGGGCGCCGACCUGGUACGCAAAGUACCGCUUCCUGCUCACCGCCAUGGUUGGCCUGGCCAUCUUCAUCUCGCUCGUCGGACGGGCCAAGAUUUCGCAGAAGGGCGCCCUUAGGAAGGAGAGCAUGGAGGCCAAGUUGACGCAGCCGGGACUGGCGGACACGCACACGAACUGGAAGAAGUUAGAAGAGGAGGAGAAGGAAAGGGUUCGGAAGGAGAAGGAGCAGAAGGCCAAGGAGGAGGAGGAGGCGAAGAAGAAGAAGAAGAAGCAGGAGAAGAAGAAGGAGAAGAAGGACGGCAAGGAUGAUGCAGCAAAGAACAAGAAGGAUGAUGAGGACGAGGAGAGCGAGGAAAAGAAGAAAGAUGACAAGCAAGAUGACAGCAACGAGGAGAGCGAGGGCGACAAGGAAGAAGGAAAGGAUGACAAGGACGAGGGCUCAGACAAGGAGGAGAAGAACAACAAAGAGGACGACUCCCAAGACGACAAAGAGGCCAAGGAGGACGACAAGCCCAAGGAUGACGAGUCCAAGGAUGAGUCCAGCAAGGACAAGAAAAAGUCCGACUGA